AUGUCCUCUGUGAUUAGCGUAAAUCAAUUGAUUUGUCCCCAAACGCCCAAAAAGCCCCAAACCGCAUCCGCGAAGGCGCACCUCGCCGCGCUCCCUUCCAUCUCCCGCGUCCUCGUCUGGAACCGCACCAGGGCCAAGUCCGCGGCGCUCGUCGCCAGGCUCCGCGAGUCGCACCCGGGGCUCGCCGUCGAGGAGGUGGACGGCAACGGCAUGGACGAGGCCGUCGCCGCGGCGGACGUCGUGAGCUGCGCCACGGGGUCGCGGGAGCCCAUCGUGCGCGGGGCGUUGCUGCGCCCCGGCGCGCACCUGGACCUGGUGGGGUCGUUCACGCCCGCGAUGCGGGAGUGCGACGACGACGCGCUGCGCCGCGGGAGGGUGUUCAUCGACUUCGAGGCGGCGAUGGAGGAGGCCGGGGAACUGGUGGGCGCGGUCCAGCGAGGCGUGCUGAGGAGGGAGGACGUGGCCGGGACGCUGUCUGAGCUGGCGGCCGGGACCGUGGUGGGGCGACGGAGCGACGACGAGAUCACCGUGUUCAAGUCCGUUGGCACCGCCGUGGUGGAUCUCUUGGCGGCGCAGCUGGCCUACGAGACGCACGUCGCCGCAACCAAGGAUGCUCAUGCUUGA